AUGGAGAACUUCUUGAAGGCCCAGAAGCGGUCCUGGGCCGAGCGCAAACUCGCCAUGAGCGCGAGGUGGCCCGAUUGGGAGUUCAAGAAGGAGGGCGAGGAGAUCGUCUUCCUAAAUUUCACGCAGAUGGGGCUGCUGACUGAGCGAAUCGUGAUCGGGCGUGAGUACGACAGCAUUGACGGUCAGAAGAACCAGUGGAAGGUGAACGCCUCGUGGUCCCCCACCGAGACGGGCGGGUGCCUCCUGCAGGAGCGCGCCGGUGGCCCGAUCUUCAGGGGAGCUUCAAGGAGGAGAGGACCGUUAACGGAGACAAGACUUCGUGCUGACCCGAGACGGCACCGCCUGGGGUCGGAGCUUCGUCCGCGCGUGAGCGGCCCUCCGCCGAGGCGCGUGGGCUCCCUCCCCCCGGGGAGGGGCGCCGCGCCCCGAGGGAGGCCCUGCCCGCCGCGGGCCCGAGCCGGACCGGCAGGGCUCUUAGGAAGCUCUCCGGCAGGGCUCGCUUGGCUCGCUGGCGCUGUCUUUGCGCUGUUGUCAUCGCUCGCUUUCGCUGGCCUCCUCCUCCUCCUCCGCCUCCUCCUUUUCGCUGUUGGCCUCCUCCUUGGCUCGCUUUCGCUUUGUCUCUCGCCCCCCUUUGUGAACGGACAUCCUCUGGGAGCACCAGCCUGGAGGCCGGCACAGCUCGAUGCAGCUUGGCCUGGCGAUCGGCGAAUGAGUUUCUUUUUUCGUGUUUGCCGUCCCUGUCGCAGCUCGACGCAGCGCCUGGAAGCCGGAAGGGCUCCCAGAGAGGAGUUGCGGUUGGAACGCCCUGUUUUAACUCGACGAGCUGAGGCCUGCGCUGCGGGGUGGGCGCGCGCAGGCGGCGCGCCGAUGUGCGCUCCGCGCUGGCUGCGCCAGGCGAUUGCGCGCUGCGCCUAUGUGCUGCAGCUCGCGCAUCCCGUGCACGCCGGCGGCGCGCGGGCGCGCCACGGCAGCAGGGGGCCUUUGUCGGAUAUGUAUUAA